GUGAUCGACGUCAUAAAAAGCUGCGUACACAGUUCGCGACUGGACAUUCGCCGCGGAUCCACAGUUUACCUUGGAUAUGAGAGAAUGAGAGAAUCGCGUUCAAUCGUAGAUCUAGACAUGCCACUAAGAUCAGUGAAACAAUAAAUAAGUGUAGGGGAUGUUUGAGUGAAAGUGAUGCACGUUUUCUAUGGAUAUUUAUGUAAAUCAACUAUUUUAAGGUUGCGCUAUCUGAUGGCAGCGGUGUCCCACGGGCCGGGGACAGGUCGGUGCUAAUGAUUGGUCUCAUAACCCGGUGUGGGGCGUGCUGUGUGACCUGCCCGGAAUGUGGGUAAACAGCCACCUCCUGACAUAGACCUCUAAUGCCAGUCCCACCUAGAGACCAGUCUCUCCCCAGUAUGACCAGUGCACACAGCGGGCUGGACAAGCUCAAUCUGGAGCUGGAGGACGGCUGGGAGGCCAAGCUACAGCCGGACGGUCGGAUUUAUUAUGUCAACCACAAGACACAGACCACAUCAUGGCUACCUCCACGAGAAAACUGGCAAAACACUUCCGGGUUGCCGUACGGAUGGGAGGCAGCACUUGACGUCCAUGAAAAGCCUUAUUUUAUCAACCAUGUGGACAAGUACACGACCCGCGAGGACCCUCGCCAAGACCCGGACUAUGUGGAGCCGCCAGCGCCGCGAGAGGUCCAGCUGGUCAGGGACCCGGACAAAGGCUUUGGUUUCGUCGCCGGCAGCGAGAAGCCGGUCGUCGUCCGGUUUGUCACCGAGGGUGGGCCCAGCGUGGACAAGCUGUUGCCUGGCGACCUGAUCCUGAAGAUAAACGGCGAGGAGGUGAGGCGAGCUCCUAGAGAGAAGGUCAUCGAGCUGGUCAGGUCUUGUCGGCAGUCCAUCACAUUGACCGUCUGCCAGCCCUACUCUGAUAAUUCCAACAGAAAGUCGGCCAUAUUGACAGCUGCCAAAAAAGCUCGAUUGAAAAGUAAUCCAUCUCGUGUCCGGUUUGCUGACGCCAUCUUGGUCAAUGGAGCCAGUGUGUCUUCACAGCAAUCACCUUUAGAGAGUUACGUCCCCUUCAUGCCCAACGUGCUGAAAGUUUUUCUCGAGAACGGCCAGACGAAAUCUUUUAAAUACGACAAUAAAACAACAGUCAAGGACGUGGUCCACUCACUGCUGGAGAAACUGAACAUCUCCUGCAGACAACACUUCUGCCUGAUGCUGCAGAACAUGAAGAGUAACGUCCCUGGUCACGUGACGCUACUGGAGGAGCAUGAGACGCUGGUCGAUCUCGCAGCCAGGCCGAGUGCACGUCACUUCCGGUGUUUGUUUCGAGUUGCCUUUGUCCCCAACGACGCGUAUGAUCUACUCAAGGAGGACCCAGUCGCGUUUGAAUAUUUUUACAUGCAGUGCUGUAAUGACGUGGUCAAUGAACGUCUGACGUCAGACAUGAAGUACGACACGGCUCUAAGGCUGGCGGCCCUACAGAUACAGCAACAUGCCGUCAGUAACAACAUCAUGGGCAAGAUCUCCAUCAAAGCUAUAGAGAAAGCCUCCGGCCUAGACAAGUUUGUUGCCCGCAGCCUGAUAGAGAACAUGAAGAGCAAAGACCUGCGCAAGAUGCUGGCCCAGUACAUGAAGGCCAACCAGAGCUUGACCGCCCCUGGACAGAAGCAGCUGACUGCUCUACAGGCCAAGCUCCACUACAUGAAGAUUGUGUCUGAGCUCAAGUCUUUUGGUUGUAGAGUCUUUAUGGUCACUCUCUUGGACCAGAAGUCUGAGGCCAUGGUCCUGGUGGGUCCUAAGACAGGGAUCAGUGUGGUCACUAAUAUCAAGUCCUACACGUUGACUCAGCUGGCUGACUUUGGACAAAUUGAAGUCAUCAAAGUCACAAAAGAUGGGGAGAACAUGCAGCGUGUAGACCUCAAGGUCAAGGUCAACAACAAGAUAGAGACUAUAGGCCUGGGACUGCUGAUGGAAGACGGACAGAACUUUGUGCUGAUGGUGGAGGGCUACUACCACAUUUUUGUGGACAGGGACAAGAGGAUUGUGGAGAGAACUGUUGGGAAAAACACAUCGGACCCGGAUGUUCCCUCCUACACCAACCAGCACCGUGUCCUCCCCUCCCCCUGGGCCUACCCUGAGGACCUGGUGUCUGAGGUUGUUGGACCAGACCAGCCAGGGAAUGUUGGGGAGGACGAGAGGGUUAUUGACCUGUCUCAGGGUCCUCCCAAGUACCAGGACAACGAGGGCAACUACUCCAAGGCCAAGCCUGAAGUCAAGGUCAAGCUGAGCGUGUCAGUGGAGCCCCUGCCCCCAGCACUGGACCCCCUGUCAGACUUCCCCACCACCAACACCCAGUCCUUCGAGGAGGGCGUCACAUCUUUUGGUCGGCUCACCACCAACGACGACGACUGGAGCUCCCUCAACAGCUCCAUGUCCUCUCAGCAGGGUCUGACCUUCAAGCCCUCCUUGGCCGCCUCCCCCGCGGGCUCACAUACUGACCUCAUGGCCGCCGCCUCCAACCGCUCCUCCCCCAUCUCACUGGUCACAUUCCAAGCCAGUCCUGUCGCCCGCAGGGGUCACCCGGUGCUGAUAGCGGACAGCUCCAGGUCAAAGCUGUACAACGGAACAGAUCCUGGGAGGAGGGGGGAGGGGGAGUACAGCGCAGCAGGAAACAGCAGUGACAGCAGUUUGGUGGAGAGUGACGUCAGCGAGAGGCAGGAACUGCUGCCAGACAGCCCCAGCAGACGGCUGUCACCCACAGUGCUCAGCGCUGGGCCAAGGUUGAACGGUGGCCUUGACCCUGAGAGUGAUGACACUGACAGUGGAGGGACACCUGGAGGCAGCCCGGCUAAGGUCAAACUGCUGCGCAGGAAUUCAUCGGUUGAGUCAGUCCAACAAAGUUUUGGCCUACACAGCCCUGACAUGGUACCUGGGGAAGAGUUUGACCAGCUGAGCCAGCAGUACAACAGGACACAGAAUGGGGAGGUGGAGGAGAGCCAGAAACUUUACUACGACCCUGAGAUGAUUGACCUGACCAACUUCCCCCCACCAGAAACACCAGAUGAUGAUGCUGUCCUGGACUUCACCCAACUGUCCAGCUGUCCACCUCCUGUCUUCACGUCACAUUCUUCCCUGGCCAGCCUCAACUCAAGUCAUGCAGGUCCAGCAGUACUGACCAGCCUCCCGCCAAAGUUCCCUGGUCCAGCCAGCCGUCUAGAGAGAUCUGCCAGUAUCGGGGACUGCCCAGACUUCCUGGAUGACGACAUUGAUGCUCUCAUCGCUCAGUUCACUAUCCCCCCACCACCAUCCUCCACCCCUGCGUCACAUGACCCUGCCUCACGCGUCACCGCUGACUCAUCUCAAGACGACCUGACGCAUCUGAUCAUUCCACCCCCACCCUCCAUGUUGGCUGCAGCUUCAGAUGACAUUCCUUUAUCUGUGGUCAGUCCUGACUCCACGACAAAACCUGCGUCAGAUUCUCAUAGGAAAAAAAUGAGAAACUUCACCAGACAUAAACGCUCGUCAUCACUGGAUAUAAAAACUUUACCAAGUUCCAACCAACAACUGGACCCUAAGAGCAGGAGUGUCUCGCUGGACACCAACCAGAACAAUGUUGGCCACCUACAGCCUCAGUCUGAUCUCAGCAUGGCAACUGGCCAUCUGUCAGCUGGCCAUGUGACCGCUGGCCAUGUGACAGCUGCUGACAUGACAGGUGACUCCCCGGCCACCGUGUCACAAAGACUGGCCACCCUGCUACAAUCCCUGCCCAGCUUCCCCUCACAGCCCCCACCUCGCAUGGCUCGUAGCUCCUCAGUAGACUUCGGCUCGCUAGAUUUCAGAGCCUCUCCUUUCAAGUCAAUGACAAACUUGUCCGGGCCAAACUCCCAGCCCAGCAAUGGAACAAAUUCUGGGACUUCCUCCUUGAGGGUCAAAAGCUCUUCCAGACACAGGAGCAGCAGUUUCGAUCCCAUGUCUGCUCAGGUCAUCUCGACCUUACGAGGCCGAUCCAAUUCCGAGUCGCUGACCUCUGACCCAGGUGCCAAGUCUGGCACCAAGUCUGGCAGCAAGCAGCUCGAGGACAAGGGCUCCGGCAGCUCUGAGAGUUUUGCCGCCCUCAAGGCUAAGCUCAGGGACUACAGGGACUCUCUCCUCAACAAGACCAAGUCAAGUGCCUCCAGGAAAAGCUCAGAAGGGACGCACGGCGAGAAGUCUUCUCUCAGGAGGUCAAACUCUUUCAGUAAACUGUUCAGGCGAGGCUCAAAGGGUGAAGGUGACAUGACGUCAGAGAAGACAAACAGUGACAGCAACUGGCAGCUGAAGGAGGCCAAGUCAGUGCCAAAUGGUGACGUCAGCCCAGAAAUGACGUCAGAGAAACGUGUACCUGUCGUCAGAGACCCUCUAGGCUUAAGUCGACCUUCCCUGCGACCAGUCACUAAUUCUAUUUUAAACCAAUGAAAGCUGUUCUCUACUCAGUCGAAGUCGCGCAAGAAUGGGCCACUGAAGGCCCUACCUGCUGAGGCCAGCACCAAGACGAAGAAAUCUUCUAAAGACGACAUCGCCAUGGGGCAGGUCAGGGAGAAACUCAAGGCCAACCCGUACGCCACCAUCAAGAUGUGGCGGCCAGUCUCCAUGUCCAGCAACAGCUGGGACCGCCACCCCCUGGGGGAGGAGACCAACUUUGACUUCCUGCGUCACGAUUCGGACACUGACCUCAACAAGGGGAGGCUCCCCGUCACUGGUCACGUGAUGAGCACCGACAAGCUCACCGCUGAUUUACAGCGUAAAAAACUUGCGGGGGAGUGGAACUCUUCUGAUGAAGGUCAAGGUAACAGCAACCACAGCUUGUCGGACUGGGUGGCCCAGGGGGAGGAGCCGCUCUAUGCUAACAUUGACAUCCCGGUGGAUUAUAUGGCCGAGCCUAGCAGCCAACCCCAGGCCACAAGGGUCAGCAGCCAA